AUGACAAUCCUUACUGACCAAGAUGCUGCAAUGGCAAAUGCAAUAGCUUCAGUGAUGCCAGGAACAUAUCAUCGCCUAUGUAUUUGGCAUAUCUAUCAGAAUGCUGCCAAGCACCUUAGUCAUGUAUUUAAAGGUUCAACAAGUUUCGAACAUGAUUUGAAUAGAUGCAUAUAUGAUUAUGAGUACGAAGAAGAGUUUCUAACUGUAUGGAAUAACAUGAUUUUGAAGUACAAUUUAAUGGAUAACAAGUGGUUACAAAAUCUAUUUAAGGAAAAAGAAAAAUGGGCUUUAGUUUAUGGAAGAAAUACAUUUUGUGCAGACAUGAAAAGCACACAACGAAGUGAAAGCAUGAAUAACUUGUUGAAAAAUUAUCUGAACUCUAAAUACGAUCUUCUGCGUUUCUUCACCCAUUAUGAACGGACAGUGGCUAGUCGACGAUACAAGGAAUCCAUGACUGAUUUCAAAAUGAGGCAAAGUACCCUAGUAAUGUUUCUUGAUGUGAAGAUUUUAAAUGAAACGGCAAAGGUGUACACUCCAGAGGUAUUUGAAAUGUUUCAAGAAGAGUAUAAGAAACAUCUUCGUUAUUCAAUUUCUAAAUGUGGUGAAUUUAGCACGAUUGCAGAGUAUUGUGUAUAUAAUGAUAAAGAUGAAAGACGUACUGUUAGAUUCGACUCUUUAGAUGGUACAAUGACAUGUAGUUGCAAGAAAUUUGAGUUUGUGGGGAUCCUAUGUAGUCAUGCAAUGAAAGUUCUAGAUUUUUAUAAUAUAAAAGAAGUUGAUCCUCGGUAUAUUAUGAAAAGAUGGAGAAGAGAUGCAAAAGAAGGUUUUGGUAGAGAUCAUACCAGGGUACCAACAAAAGGUGAGCAUAAUAUUGUUUUCGGUAAGCGGUACAAAUAUUUGUGUAGCAAGCUUCAUAGAAUUAUAGCAAUGGCUGAGGAACAUGAUGAGUUGUUCAAAUUUGCUGAUAAAUACACAGAUAAAUUCCACGAUGAAAUGAUGGAACGUAUGAAAGGGAUGAAGGAACCUCCACUAAGGUCGUGUAAAUCCGUUGAUGAAAGCAUAAAGAUUGAACACGCACACCAUUGA